GUCACGGGAGCCCGGGGGACUCGGGUGAUCUCGCCUCCUAAGCUGCCUGGCGGCGCCGCCAGGGAGCCCGGUGUGGUUCCUCGAGCCCAUGGAGAGCCCAGGCCGUCCGGGUCGCCCGCAGGCGCCGCUCCUGGGCACGGUGGGACCUUGGCCUAGUGCGUGUGCCUCGGGGACGCGGUCCGCGCCUGCGCGGCCCUGGGUUCAACCGAAGGCACCCCAGAAACUUUGGGGGCGUGCGGAAUCAGGAAGGGGGAUGCAUCCACGCGGAUCCGCACAGCCUGCCCGGAAAGAGCAGCCUGAUGUAGGGUGUUUCUGGUGGUCUAGUCUCAGAAAUUAUAUCUCCAGUCUCCACAAUGAUCCCCUUCCAAGCCCCGUGGUGCCCUGUUGCCUCCAGGUUUCAGACUCCUAGACUGGACGAGAAAAGCUUACUAAGGAAAUGGUAAUUCUCCAGUUGCUCCCUGAGGUGUCAGGUGUCCAGUUGCAGCCCAUGGAGAUCCACUUCAAUCAUGAAUCUCAAGAACACCAUCCUCUGUCAGACGGUGAGACUAAGACCAAGAUUGGAGAGAUGGCUUCAGAGGAGGAAAUUACAACAAAAAUCAAACCAUUGCCUGAAGAGUCUGGCAACCCUACAGAUGAUGUUCUCCAGGAUUCUGAAUGCGGAGGAUUCUGUGAAUUUGGGGAUAAAUUAAAUGAGAAGGAUCAUAAAGUCUUUAAAAGAAAACAACAUAACUGUGAUGAAUGUGGGCAAAGCUUCGCUUGGAGUACAGGCCUUAUUAGACAUCGAAGAACCCAUUGGGAGAAACCCUAUGAAUGUGACAAGUGUGGAAAGGCCUUUAGUGUGAGCUCAGCUCUAGUUCUGCAUCAGAGAAUUCAUACUGGGGAGAAACCCUAUCCUUGUACUUGGUGCAUUAAAAGCUUCAGUCGGAGCUCAGACCUUAUUAAGCAUCAAAGAGUCCAUACUGGUGAAAAACCUUAUAAAUGUGAUGAAUGUGGGAAAGCCUUCAGCCAGAGUUCUGAUCUUAUUAUCCAUCAGAGGAUCCAUACAGGAGAAAAACCCUAUCAGUGUAGUCAUUGUAGUAAAAGCUUUAGCCAGCGCUCAGACCUGGUUAAGCAUCAGAGAAUCCAUACUGGAGAGAAGCCUUAUACAUGUAACCAGUGUAACAAACAUUUUAGCCAGAGUUCUGAUGUUAUAAAACAUCAAAGAAUCCACACUGGGGAGAAACCAUAUAAAUGUGACGUGUGUGGAAAAGCCUUUAGUCAGAGCUCAGAUCUUAUUCUGCACCAGAGAAUUCACACGGGGGAGAAACCCUAUCCCUGUAAUCAGUGCAGCAAAAGUUUCAGUCAGAACUCAGACCUUAUUAAACAUCGAAGGAUCCACACUGGAGAGAAACCCUACAAGUGUAACGAAUGUGGUAAAGCUUUUAAUCAAAGCUCAGUCCUUAUUCUGCAUCAGAGAAUUCACACUGGAGAGAAACCCUAUCCCUGUAAUCAGUGUAGCAAAACCUUCAGUAGGCUUUCAGAUCUUAUGAAUCAUCAGCGAAUUCAUACUGGAGAGAAACCUUACCCCUGUAGCCAGUGCAGUAAAAUGUUUAGUCGAAGAUCAGACCUUGUUAAGCAUCAUAGAAUUCAUACAGGUGAGAAGCCCUAUGAAUGUGAUGAGUGUGGGAAAACAUUUAGUCAGAGCUCGAAUCUUAUCCUGCAUCAGAGAAUCCACACUGGAGAGAAACCCUAUCCAUGUAGCGAUUGUACUAAAAGUUUUAGUCGUCGUUCAGACCUUGUUAAACAUCAAAGAAUCCACACUGGAGAGAAGCCAUAUGCAUGUGACCAGUGCAAGAAAAGUUUUAGUCAAAGCUCAGACCUCACUAAACAUCAGAGAGUACACUCUGGGGAAAAGCCCUAUCAUUGUGAUCAUUGUGAGAAAGCCUUCAGUCAGAGUUCUGACCUUAUUCUUCAUCAGAGAGUUCACACUGGAGAGAAACCAUACCCAUGCACACAGUGCAGCAAAAGCUUCAGCCAGAACUCAGACCUUAUCAAACACCAGAGAAUCCACACUGGGGAGAAACCAUAUAAAUGUCCUGAAUGUGGAAAGGCUUUUAGCCAGUGUUCAGCUCUUAUCCUCCAUCAGAGGAUCCACACUGGUGAAAAGCCAUAUUCAUGUGAUCUGUGUGACAAAAGCUUUAGUCGGCGCUCUGAUCUCAUUAACCAUCAAAGAAUCCACGCUGGUGAGAAGCCAUAUCAGUGUGAUAUGUGUGGGAAAGCUUUCAGCACGUGCACAGAAGUUAUUGAACACCAGGGAAUCCACACUGGGGAGAGACCUCACAGGUGUGUUCAGUGCAGCAGAAGUUUUGGCCAACUCUCUGAUCUUAUUAAUCAUGAGAUAGUUCAUUCUGGGGAAGACAGUCUAAGUGUGGGAAAUGUGGGAAAACUUUCUGAGUAUUCAUCGACUUUAUUCAGUACCAGAGACACUAUACCAGAAAAAAAUCUUAGGAAUACUAUUGAUGAUUAUGAAAAAGGUUUUAAUCAGUGCUCAACUCUUACGCUACAUUAAAAACACACACUGAAGAAAACAUUAAUUUCUACAGUGAAAGUUUAACUGAGAGCUCAGACAUUACUAAAAAAAAAAAAAGGUCUGAGGAAGAGUCCUGUGAUUAACAGGGAAAAAAAAGUAUUCCAUGUGAAUAAAAGUAUUACUAAAUGUCAACAACAGUGGAAAGAAAUUUCUGUCUGCUAUAAUGUAAAAGAAAACAACAAACCUCUAGUCUUUUAAUCAAAUAUAAUUCACAAGGGGAGUUUUAUCAUUAUAAAAAAUGAAUAAAAUAUUAAUGCAGAACCUUAUCAGAUAUUGUAAAAAUCAGUGUGAUGGGGUGUGCAAUCAGCUCAAAAGGAAAUGUAUUAUAAUCGCAAACCUUUCGUGAGCCCUAAUUAUUGUAUAUCAAAGAAGUUACAUUAGAGAAUGUAGGGAAAACUUAAAUCUCUUCCAUAUCUUAAUUGGCAUUCACUCUUAAUCAGCAUGCCUCAUGGGAGAAGUAUGGACUCCAGUGGGAGAGUCCUACCUUGUGCUCACAUUAGUUAUCUGUCAUUAAAUUCCCUGUGUGUGAACAUGCUAUGCUAUUCUGGUCUUAAGCUUAUUGACUACAUAACUCCAGUGCCCGAUUUUCUCAGAAAGAAAAUUUCUUUUUCUUUGGCCUAGUUUUGGUUUUCUUAAGGAAAACUGAACAUGAGUUUUCAGGUUCCUGCAAUAGCCAAAGCAAGUAUGGACUUACUUUGCUUUCAGUUAUGCAGCCCAUAGACUAGUGCUUUGAAAUCACUUCUUCAAAACUACCAGAGUUCCUAAAUAUAUGAAACAAUUUUUUAAAAAAAGAAUUCCAUAUGUCAAAGUUUGAAGAUUUCUCUACCACUGUGUUUAUCUUGUCAUUUAUCAAUUGAACAAAAAUGAGAGCUAAAGUAAUGCCUAUGAUGAAUUUGUAUAGCAUAUUCUGUCUAAAAAUAAAAUGAUUUACUGAUUUUUUCAAGUCAUAACAAUUAUCAGAGUUUGUUUUGUUGAUUUCUGAUAUACAUAUUGAUAAUAGGCUACAUAUAUGCAAAAUUUUUCAACUGAAAAUUAGAAACUUAUUUUUUAAAAAUUUCAAAUUGUUUUUCUAAUAUGAACCAUUUGUUAAGAUUCCACUACUGUCCUUUACUUUGAAUAUUCCCCAUAAUCAUCCAGUUAAUAUUUCAAUUUAAGACAUUGUUAUUGGGGCACCAGGGUGGCUCAGUUGGUUAGGCAUCUGCCUUGCGCUCAGAUCAUGACCCCAGGGUCCUGGUAUCAAGCUAUGCACCAGGCUCCCUGCUCAGCGGGGAAUUGUCUUCUCCUUCUCCUCCUGCCCCUGAUCCC